CCGAGUCACAAAGGUGCAUGUCAUAACAUUUUGCUGUGCGGAUCGCCGGGCUUCGAGCGCUGAGCCUGCUUCCCAGCGAAAGCAUUAUAUACAACACCACAAACCCCCGCACCGUCACACGAAUCCCCACCCACACCAUGCCGGAAGAACCCAAGAAGAAGCGACGCCAAAACGUCGCGUGUGACGCUUGUAAACACAGGCGAGUCAAGUGCGACCUUGCUCCUCUUCUCCAGUCAAUCCAUGCCCAAUCAGCAGACCGGCCUGACAGUUCCAUUGCCGGAGACACCAACUCAUCGACCUCAGCAAAUUCACCUUCUCCAGAGGAUAUACCUCUUGCAGAUCUUGUCCGACAGAAUCCUGAAGUGUGUUGUACUAAUUGCAAGAACAAAGGGCUUAAGUGUACCACCAAUCAGAUCCUCAACCCUUCUAAACCGAAGAAAGGAGGGCGAAGGAUUGAUGAAGCCCGACAGAAAUUUGGAGGUGAUGGAGGAGAGACAUCAGGAGGCGAUGCAGAGCCUGUCGGAGAGCCUUCGCACACCCCUGCAGGUGGAACAUCUGGAAGUGCCCCAAUGUGGCCGGGUUUUAAUCCAUGGAUUGCGGAGGAUUUUAUAAUCGCAACUCCUUUACAGCCAUCACCACUCGUCCAACCAGUUUCAGAUGUUAACAAUAGUCUGCCGCCAGAGAUCCUCGAGUUGAAUUGUGCAGCUUCUGUGCCCGAUAUGACCUCGCUGCUUGGGCUUGGUCCCAAUUCAUGGACGCCUUUUGAUCCUCCCAUACUGCCUACCGAAAGUCUCCCAACCAAUACGGUCGGCCCAAAUUCCAUCACUGUACCCCCCUUCCUGCCUCCUUCGACGGCUCCUACUACACCUUUAAUAAACCUCUCGCACCCCCCAGAGACUUCACUGGAUGAGAAACAGGGAUCUGCCCCCAUAUGGUGGUCGUUCUCAGAUCAUUCGAGAGAAAUGAUGGAACACGCUGAGCCCUCUGGAAGGACUCCUGUUACUAAAUCUCCUGUUCCACCUCCUAAUAAGUCUGGAAAUGGACAGUUUCUCGGAAAUGCCCCUCUGAACCACAAGGGCGCAUCAGCCCCCCUUUUAGUCGACUCAUAUACCAGAUCCAUUGCGGAAAGUUUGUCUUCUGGUCAGUCGCCAGAAUAUCAACAGCUCGUUUCCGACUUCCUCUCCCUUCCCCCGCACGAUAAUGCACAAACUAAGAAACGAUCUCGUGGAGUAUCACCUUCAUCCAGCUCAGCUCCUAGCGAGAAGGUCCUAGUCCGUCGGAAAGAUCCUUGGCAGCUCUAUACCGAAGAAGAGGAUUGGAGGAUUGUGCGUUGGGGGAAGAAGGAGGCGGUUCAGGAAAAGCUGGCUGACAGGGCGUUGGGAAUGGAGCUCAGUCGGCACCUGGUCAAGACCUUUUUCCAAGCUGUUCAUUUUUCAUACCCAGCCAUCUUACCGGAAUCAUUCUACCUCGAAUGGAUGCGAGCAGGACAGAGGUCGGAUCGAAUGACACCGGCCCAAGAAGUAUUGUGUUCAGCGAUUGAAGCAUGGGGAGCAAGAUAUUCUGAUUCACCUGUUGUGCUUGGAUUAUCACCAGAAAAGGCCGAAACGGCCCCGAAAGUCAUUCAGGCUAAUGGUACUUUCGUCCCCGGUACACAAGCUCGCGCUCACUGGGGUAGGGCUCGUCUUGCUGCCUGCAAAGCUUUGCUCGAACGCACGAAACGGCUCAUAGAUACUAAUGGCAUCCUACGCAAGCCCAGCAUCACCGGUGUCCAAGCGCUGACGUUAUAUAUACAACUCAUGCUUAUGACAGAUGAUACGGUAGAUGCACCAACACAUUACAUGGAGGGACACAUGAUACACAACGCAAUCACGCAGCAGAUGCAAGUUCUUGGUCUCAUGUGGGGUUCGAAUCAGCCUAUCAUCACGGACAGCGAUGAGUUACCAAUGUCUCUAAUCCAGCUCAAAAUGAAACAGAGGCGUCUAUUCUGGGCUCAUCUUAUUGGAGAUGCUUUCUGGGCCGCUGCAUCGGGGAACGAACCAAGGGUACCCAAGGCAGACAUGGACGCCGCCGGAAAUUGGCUACUCAGCGUUACAAAUCUCUUACCAAUAUCUUCUUUCAACGCGCUCUCUUUCUGUCUUUCGUGUUAUUAUCGCAUUACCCUCAUUGGAAGAGAUAUUGCGACGUCACUCUCGAUACCUAGCAAAAUAAAGGGUGCUGUUGAUGUAGUCGAAUUUUGUAAUCAUGUACAAAGAAUCUGGAGGGACAUCGACGCUUUUGAUAAAGAUAUGAACCCACAAGUUACCCGUGUUCUGAGUUCUUGCCCUAAUAAUGACAUUUUGGCUUUCUCUCCUCUCAACUAUUUCUCUAAUCUUCGUCUUUCCUCCCCGUUCCUUCUACUCCUCAUUCAUCAGCUCAUUCGCGAGCAAUUGGAGUUCCGUAAGACGCUUUCUUCCGCCUACAUUGCCGCCAGCCAAGAUCAUCCGGAUCCCUACAAAACUUUAAAUGACGAGUCAAGAGACGAGGCGCGCGGAGUCUGGACUACGGCGCAAAGUCAUGUACAAAUAUUGGAGGAUCUGAGCUCGCAGAGCAUAGAUAUAAUGCUAAGGAGUUGUAGAGCACAAGUCGGAAUGUUCAAGGCUUUGAUGCCUACCGGAACCAUCCAAACCGCGAUGCUACUCCUACGUGAGCUCAUUGCCACCGCACAAUUUUUAGCGGAAGUCCCGACCAACGAACAAGGCUAUCCAGAUGAUACUCCGGGAGGAUAUGACUGGACUUGGGAGAAAAAACAGGAGGAAAUGAAUUGCUGCAUAGAAGCACUUUAUCAAGUUGGAUGGGCUUGGGCAGAUGUUGCAGACGUACUGGAUAAGAUCAUGGUCACUAUGGAACGCCUCACACCUACUCCCGCCCAGCUGGCAGCCUACAAAGAGCGCGUAGCCUCUAGACCUCCUUCUCAAACCCCAAAGAUGACUGAAGCGGCAAGGAGGAGAGAACAAGAAAAGAAGGAUGAUGAAGCAGCGUUAAAAGCUGUCUUGUCGCAUUGGCCUCCUGUAUCUGUCCCGGAACUCAUCGAGAACGCCAUAGCAACUGGAGAGCUAGAUCUCCAAAAUGAUCAAUCGGUUAUGCGACUCACCUUUUUCCAUAGCCGCUUGGUCGAGGAGAUGGAUAGUCUCGCGGGAAGUGGCGAAUCCCAUCAUAGCAGUCCUUCGAGCUUUGCAAGUCCCGAGGUAGCCUCAGAAAGCGGGUCAAGCGCCCAAGGUGGUUUCGGUCAAGACAGUACACAGAAUUUGAGGUCCACCAACUCGUCAUCGACCAAUCCUUCGACAGCAAAGGUUCUCAAUGACCUUUUCCCCCACACCUGGGAUCGAGAAUUCCUCUCAGACUUCAAUAGCAGUGGGCGAUGCCCUGAUAAUGAGCAAUUGUACUCUGUUCGUACUUGGUUUAAUAACGGUAAACCCGAAGAUGGGGAACGCAAUGGGCAAUCUCCAAAGCCCACAGGUGAAAAUAGUAUAAGAGGAGUAGGGCAUCGGGGUAUGGAACCAAAGACGUCCUUGACGGACUUAAUGACGCCUCUUGAUCGCGCGGAAAAUAAAGCGGGUCUUGUUGUUCCCGAUAUAUCAAUAGAAAGUCAAACUGAGAACUUAUCAAAGGAGAGUUCUACUUCGAAGGAUGCAGACGAAGCACAAGAUGGGCUGCAGGAAUUCUUCGAUGAAUGGGGCAAGGACAUGGGGCUAGAGAUAACCAGCGGGUGGAUGGAUUAUAGGGGGAGAUAAAGAUCACUAACUCUGGGUUAUCGCUGGAGAAUAAUCGCUUACUGCAGAAAUCUGGCAGACGCAGGUAUAUAAUUGUUGUAUCAUUUUAUUAUUUAUAACAGGAGUGCAUGAGAUAUAUAUUAUACACGUUAUCUACCGACUCAAACAUGAA